AUGUUGCUUGCUUUUCCUCUCGUGUACAGAGGUUCUAAGGCAGACGAAAUUGAUGAAGAAUCACGAACGCCGCUUCAUUUGGCAGCUGAGUAUGGGCGGGAGGAGGUAAUGAAGGUGUUGCUAGAAAGCGUGCACAUACUUUCUUUUAGAGAUGCGCAGGGUAAGACUGUUCUCCACAUGGCAGCCGAGCGCAAUCACGUUGGUAUUGUGGAGGUAAUUACUACUACAACAUCCUGA